UAAUGACUCUUAUUUUUCUCCAGGUUCCAUGUGAAUUUACAGUGUGGUUCUAGGACCAAUGCGGACAUUGCUCUCCAGAUGAAUCCACGAUAUGACAGCCACCCUGGUUAUGUGGUUACCAACACAUUCCAAAAUGGCAAGUGGGGCUCUGAAGAGAGGAAGUACAACUCUCCAUUCCCUGCUGGCAGUACCUUCAGCCUCAGCAUCACAGUGACCCAGCAGUCCUUUCAGCUGACUGUCAAUGGCAGCCACUUUAUGGAGUACAGGUACCGUAUUCCUUUCCAGCAAGUGGACACUAUUUCAGUAGGCGGGAAAGUGGAAAUUUCCAACAUUACCUUCCAGAAUCCCAUGGCGUUUUCUGCUCAGCCGGUGUUUGCUGCUCAGCCGGUGUUUGCUCCCCAGGUAGCCUAUCCAACCCAAGCUGCCUUGCCUUCUUAUCCUGGAUUCCCAAUGCAGCCUGGAUUCCCAAUGCAGCCUGGAUUCUCUAUGCAGCCUGGAUUCCCUAUGCAGCCUGGAUUUCCCUCUCAGCCUGGAUUCCCCUCUCAGCCUGCAGUGCCGGCUGUCCCAUACAAGAGCAUGAUCAGUGGUGGACUAAUGCCUGGCCGGACCAUCACUAUCCAGGGGACGGUUCACCCCGAGGCCAUCAGGUUCAAAGUGAAUCUCAGCCAUCCCUAUGGCAUCGCUCUGCAUUACAAUGCACGCCUCGACGAGAACACUGUGGUCCGAAACACCAAUAAUGGGGGGCAGUGGGGCAAUGAGGAGCGAGGCGGAGUGAUGCCUUUCCAACGGGGGAAGCAUUUCACGUUGACUAUCUGUUGUGAGAGUCACUCCUUCAGGAUUGUGGCCAAUGGGAUGCAGGCCCACAACUAUAGGCAUCGUUUCUCUCCCCUCACACAAAUCAGCACCUUGGAGAUCGAUGGGGACAUCAGCCUGACCUCUGUGCAGGUGUAGACCCCGUGUGGCUGAUCUCACAUCUUACACCAAUCAUGGUUUUUCUGACUCCAACCAUUACACCAUUUAAUGAUUCCAUGCUAAUUGAUAUUUACUUGAUAUUGUAUAUUCAUUUCAUGUGUAUCCAUACAACAAAUAAGCGUUUUCUUUUAUAUAACAUGCUACACAUUUAAUCAUAAUAUUGGUUCUUAAAGGAAAAUCAACAACUGAUAAUCAUGCCCAGUCAGAUCAUAAAUUAAGUAAAUUCAGUUUUGUUCAGCAGACACUUUGGUGUCAAGGCAAAUUGAUGAAAAAAUAAGUAAAACAUAAUCGCACAUCACAAACCAUAGUAACAAACUGAGUGCAGCUAAAAAAUGUGUGGAUGUUUCUCAUUGAUAUGUUUGAAUACUGUUGUAAAAUACAAUGUCCUCUUAAUUGUGUAAUAGUAAUUGUUUGUGAAACAUUGAAAUAAAAAUGUAUAACAUGUACAUGUUAAGUUUA